CCACUGACAUGUGGGUCAUUUUGCCGAAAAAAGAACACAUCGACUCAAGCACAUGCUCGCCAAGUUCCGACCCCUCAUGGCAACGGCGGCGAAGGCGACGGCGCCGCCGGCUGUAGCGGCUUCCACGGCUGCAGCGGCGGCGAGGGAGCGAGACGAGCACGUGCAAUACAAGCAUACCGACGCGUGCCACCACCUCCGGUGGACAGCCAAGGAGAGCUACGAGUACAUGUACGCGCAGCCGUGGAGCAGGGUGGUCGACUUCUACGCCGAGCUCGUGCGCACCGGCGCCGGCGCCGCGGGGCUCGCCAAGCUGUUUGGGAAAGAUGAGAUUCUACUUCCACUGAAAGAUUACACCCUUGAUACUACUGGAGAAGAUUCCCCAACACCAUCAGAAAAACAAAUGACAACUAUUUCCUCAAAAGAUCGAGGAGGAAGGUGGGAAAGAUUAAACUUUAAGAUUGUUCUUUCAUACCAUGGGGGGUCGUUUGAUGGUUGGCAGAAGCAGCCUGGCCUCAAUACUGUUCAGGGUUUAGUGGAAAAACAUCUUGGACAAUUUGUUGAUGAAAGAAAAGCUAAACAGCUUGAAGCAAGAUCUUUGCCAGUAGAAGGCUAUGCCAUUGUUGCUGGGCGCACUGACAAAGGGGUGACUGCUCUUCAGCAAGUUUGCUCAUUUUAUACAUGGAGAAAAGAUGUAAAGUCUGGAGAUAUAAAAGACGCAAUAAAUGAGGCUGCUCCAGAUAAACUAAAACCAUUGCAUGUUUCAGAGGUCUCACGUGAAUUCCAUCCUAAUUUUUCAGCCAAAUGGAGGAGAUACUUGUAUAUUUUUCCUCUUGAUGAGGAUGCUAAAUUAAUCUUAGGGGAAGAACAGUCCUCUAAAAUACCAGAGAAUUCUGAGCACAAUAUAAAACCUCAGAGCUUUGAUGUGGCCAAGGUUGACAAAAUCAUUAGACAACUAAGUGGAAAGACACUAUCCUACAAGAUGUUUGCACGUGAUACGCAAGCUUCACGGAGUGUUGGACCGCCUACGGAAUGUUUCAUGUUCCAUUCUCGUGCUGCAGUUGCCAAACUAUAUUCUGCUAAUGAGAAUUGCAAAGAAGGCUUGAGGGUCAUGUGCGUUGAGCUAGUUGCGAACAGGUUUCUACGCAAGAUGGUUAGGGUUCUCGUUGCUACUGCCAUAAGAGAGGCAGCUGCUGGUGCUAGAGAAGAUGCUCUGCUGAACCUGAUGGAAGCCGCUGACAGGCGUGCAACAGCGCCUCCGGCACCCCCAGACGGCCUCUGUCUAGUGGAUGUUGGCUACGAAGAUUUCAAUAAACAGAGGUGCUUCAUUGUUGAUUAGAUGCAGUUAUCUUCGAGCAAAACACAAGAUACAUGAUUCAACAAUUGAAUACUUUGGUUAUCAGAUUACUGAGAAGAUAUUGAAAUUUCCGGAUUUGAUUGUGGGUCAUAUGCUAGGUGAUAGGUAGUGCUCAUGGCAAAGGUGAUGUGUUGCACAUUUUCCAUGUAUUGACUAGUUGGGAUUUUGAGGUCUGGCUUAUUAGAGAGAGCACUUAGGUUGGGCCCUCCAUUGUACGUCUUACUGGAGUUCGCAAAUGGUGGGUCCUGCAUUACCCUAAGCUUCUAUCCUGCCUUUGCAUUGUAGGAAGUUCGUGCCGAUACAAGUUAAGUGAACUAUAACCAUGUUUAAUC